AUGGAUACGUUCAGGGGGAAGGGCAGUGCUGGCUGGUGCACCCUGGGUACAGGUUGGAGUCUCUCCUAUCGCAUGUCAAACUGGGAUAGGAGAGACUGCUCUCUGGAGCUAAUUUCUGCUGGGGCGAAGGGUCGUCCCUGGGGGCUCUUCCAUAUGUACUCUGUGUUGGCAGAGUGCUAUAUGGAAGAGCGAGGAGAGGCGGUACCGGCUGCCGUCUGCCCCUCGUACUCUGGGGGGGGCAUCGAAUGCCAUCUGGUGUCUACACCAGCUGCCAGUCUAACUGGUCAAACCAAUUAUUUAGAUAGUUCUAGUCUCUUGGGGGUUACUCUGUCCGACGGGGAGUCGGGCCAACCUUCCUCUAGGUUUUGGAGGAAACUUACGCGCGAUGAGGUCGCGCAUCAGUCAGGGUCAAUAUGUCUCUCUUCUAGUGAAGAGAAUUUGUUGGCUGCAAAAGUGACGACAUCUCGUCGAGGGCGUGCUGCAUCCGCUGUGACAAAUGUGUCACAGCGAGAGUUACGGAAGCGCUAUUUGCGUCCCGAUAGUUGCGACCUUGGGCACAGCGAAGAGGAACGAGGCGAGAGUUCUGCCACGUCGCUAAUAAGUACUAAGGCAGAGCUCAACGCCGCGAAGAGGCAGCAGCGGCGAGCUGUCGCAGCCGAUGAGGUAUCGGAAAUGGCUCGACGAGCCCGAGAAAGAAGAGCUGCACAAGCAGCGGAAGGAGGAGAGAUAUCAGCGGUAGCGCUGAUUCGUCAGGUUUUUGACGGCGUGGAUGUGGUAUUGAAGGUUGCCACAAAAUCCGGAAACCUUAAAACCACAUUCGUUCGUGCCCUCAAAGAGGCAGCUGACGAUAUAAAAAAUGCGGUUGGGGUCCUUCUCAAAAGAACGGCUUCUGAAGAGGUCGCUAAAUUGCAGGAGGAGAAUAGCCGCCUUCGAUCGGAUCUUGAAGAUCUUCAGCGGCAGGUCGCUGCGCUGAGUGUGCAGCAGAAGCAGCGAGAGACUACCUCUUCCACUGGAGUCAAUACACCUACGCCUGCAUCUACAUCGGGGCUUACGUUCACCCCCACAUCAGUGGCUGUCCCUGUAAAGGCACCGGCCCUGCAACGAACAGACGAUGAGGUGGAGCAAAUUGUGCGUAUCUGCAUGCUCCAAUGUGGAAGUAUGAUGAAUGCACGCCUCGAGGCCAUCACUCAGCGGCUUCCUGCCGAAAAUCUUAGACCGCCGCUUGCAGCAGAUAGACGGAGACUGGAUGAGUCACCGAGACCAGUACCAGCAAGAAAAAAGCCUACUAUUGACAUUCCGUCGCAAACUUCUACAACUGUGGAUCUUCCCGGAUCUAAGGACGAGACUUGGGCCACAGUUGUAGGUAGAAAAAAGGUCCGAAAAGCGGCUAAAACGGCGUCGGCUGCAGCGCAAAUAUCUGCUGCAGCCACAAAAGUGGCAUUCACGCAACGUGUAAAAAAAGGGGAUCAACUUAAGUCGCCAAAAGUUCGAGCCCCACGUUCUGAAGCUGUAACAGUCACAUUACAGCCAGGAGCUGAAGAAAGAGGUGUGACCUAUAAGAGGGUGAUUGCAGAUGCAAAGGCAAAAAUUCGGCUCUCGGAACUUGAUUUACCAUGUGUUACGCUCAAGACAACAGCAACAGGUGCAAGGUUAUUUGAAGUUCCCGGUGCAUCCAGCUCCAGCGUUGCGAAAGCGGAUCUUCUUGCUGCCAAAUUGAUAGAGGUAUUAAAUCUGGAUGACGUUCGUGUCUCCAGACCUACGAAGACUGCAGAAUUGCAUAUUCGUGGUCUGGAUGAUUCCGUAACCACAGAAGAGGUGGUGACGGCUAUAGCUCGUAUUGGCGAGUGUUCACCCGACACUGUGCGGGCUGGGGAUAUUCGCGUUGAUGCUUCUGGUCUUGGUAUGAUCUGGGUGCGGUGCCCGACUAUGGUAGCGAAAACGAUCGCAGAUAGCGGGCGUUUGUUAGUAGGGUGGGUUGCAGCUAAAGUAAAACUACUGCAACCUCGGACUCGGCGAUGCUUCCGAUGCCUCGAGGAAGGGCAUGUCCUAGUCAAAUGUAUUGCUGAAAUAGAUCGCAGCGAUUGGUGCUAUCGCUGUGGACAACCAGGUCACAAGGCGGCUUUGUGCUCUGCCGAGCCUAAUUGCAGCCUUUGUACAGCUGCAUGCAGGCCGGCUGGGCAUAAAUUAGGCGGUCAAGCCUGUGGUGCUGUUGCCAGCAAGCACAAGCGCUCAAACACAACAAACAAAAGAAAAAAGAAGAAGGGCAAACCUGUCGGGUGA